UUCAUAAGAACAGGAAUAAUGAAGAGAAUUGAACGUAGGUAGGUCGUGGCUGGCCUCACACUUCAGUACAGUAGGUGGCGGUGUAUGCACCUUAAAGUUGGAUGCUAUCUGCCAACCCAAUCCCAAAGAAGAAGAAGAAACGUACGUCACUGCUAAGGCUGGACGAACAUGGCGGCUGUCAUGAGAUUUGUCAACAGAAGCACCUUUGGUUCUAGAGUGGGUCAUCAAUGUUUAUCCUUCAGUUGUUCAGCAGCAGUGGCGAAAUCAGUUCAGGUUGGUGCAUCUGCAGGGAAGGCUCUACCAGAGAGGGUAAAGAUAGUGGAGGUUGGACCCAGAGAUGGUCUUCAGAAUGAAAAGACUCUUGUCCCUACUGAAGUUAAGAUUCACCUGAUUAACAUGCUCUCAGAGGCGGGUCUUCCUGUCAUUGAAGCCACAAGCUUUGUCUCUCCAAAAUGGGUCCCACAGAUGGCCGACCAGGUAGAGGUGAUGAAGGGGAUCAACAGACGGCCUGGUGUGUCCUAUCCCGUACUGACCCCCAACCUCAAGGGCUUCCAGGCAGCUGUGAAGGCAGGAGCAGCAGAGGUGGCCAUAUUUGGGGCUGCCUCUGAGCUGUUUAGUAAGAAGAACAUCAACUGCUCUGUGGAUGAGAGCCUGCAGCGCUUUGAGGAGGUCACCAAAGCAGCCAAAGAGGCCGGUGUGCGAGUCAGAGGGUAUGUGUCAUGUGUGCUGGGAUGCCCAUAUGAGGGCCAGGUGUCACCAGACAAAGUGGCUCAGGUAGCCAAGCGUCUGUAUAGAAUGGGUUGCUAUGAGAUCUCUCUGGGCGACACCAUAGGUGUGGGCACACCGGGCGGCAUGACUGAGAUGCUGGAGGCAGUGAGCAGGGAGGUACCUGUUGACGCCUUGGCAGUCCACUGCCAUGACACCUAUGGUCAGGCUCUGGCCAACAUCCUCAUCGCCCUGCAGAUGGGCAUCAGUGUUGUGGACUCGUCCGUGGCUGGCCUGGGAGGGUGUCCAUAUGCACAAGGGGCUUCUGGGAAUGUGGCCACAGAGGAUGUGGUGUACAUGCUGCAUGGACUCGGCAUUCAGACAGGAGUGGACCUGCCCAAGCUGAUGGAUGCUGGAGCAUUCAUCUGUAGUUCCCUGAACAGAAAGACUAGCUCUAAAGUGGCCCAGGCAACCUGCAAACUCUGAACCUGGCUCCACGAAGGCCUAUAAGAGGGAUGUCACGAAUGAUACCUACAGAUAUGGCCAGAUAUGGCAUUACCAAGGCAAGGCACACACACACCUGUGCCACUUAGAUGUAAUAUACUUUGAUUUAGCUGUAGGUAAAAACGGUUGUAAGAACUGUGUGUGUUCCGUUAUUUGAUAUAAGUCAAGUACCUUUCUUAUAAAUGAAAACAUCAAAAUAGUUGGAAAGCCUUGCUCAAGUGGUGCCUUCUCAUUCUUCUCAUGUCCUCCAUACACCUGGUGCCUUGUUGUCCUCUCCCUCUGUGUGUUACAUGAUCAUUGCAAAUGCACAAACGGUUUAUUCAGAGUAAAUUAUGCUGUUGAAUAUGUAUCUCAUACCAAACUUAAAUCAACAAAGUUAAAUGAAGGGAUUAUUGACACUUAUUGUUGUAUUGACCAUUUGGGUGUGUCCUUAUUUGUAUAUAACAGCCUUGUCCUUAUUUGUCAAUCUUCAUGUUCAGCCAGCUGUUGGAACUGUGGCUAAGGGAUGGGUAAUGCCAGUAUAUUGCAGUAGGUAUCUAAAACGGGCCUUGAUGGUUGCAGAGUGGAAUAGAAAACAGAUCUAUUGAUGAGAAUCAACAAAUUGAUUUCUAUUAUGGGACAGGGAGUCACAGGAUUUAGCCAUUGUGUUGUCAUGUUUGUUAUUGUCAUCUUCCAAAUCUUCCGACUAUCCUUACUUGAAAACCACUUGGGAUUUGCAAACCUACCAUAUUAGGGCAGUCAAGUCCGUCAUUCCAGCAGUUGGAAUAGAAUUUGAAUGUUUUUGUCUGUUUAAUUCUUGGUUUUGGUGUGUCUCAUUGUGAAUGGAAAUAUUUAUUGUAAAAGGUUGCACUUCUGAAAUGACGCUGUUAGAAAAGUUUAUCACAAAUCUAAGGAAGCUAAAUUCUUUGCUGUAUUUAAAAAUAAAAAAAACGUACUCUUUAA